GCCUGGGCGGCUCAGGUUCCUGCGGAGCCGCUUGCCCCGGAGCCAGACCCCCUCCCCUGCAGGACCAGGCAGCGUGACCGACAUGGAGCUGGAAGGGGGCCGAGCCACCCUGGAGGAGGAGGAGGAGGAGGGCACCAAAUCCGAUCUGGAGACAGUGGAGCCACCGUCCUGUCCUGAGACUGCAGGCACCCGGGCAAAGGACCAAUGCGAUUGCCUACUGGACUCCAUCGACGCUCAGCUCAGCCAGCUGCUGGGCCCUGGUGCAGGAGUCGCAGGUGGUCACACGAAUGGAGACACCUCCUUGGAAUGCUCCCCCAAGGCCUCCUGGACAGCAGAAAUGGAAGGAUGCUGUGCAAACCAGGACGGCACCUCCUGGGGCGAAGCCAGCCCCUCUCGGAAGGAAGAGUAUGGCUGGAGGCUGAUGCAUCUCCUUGGCUCCGAGCAAGCCCCGGAGACCCUGGGGGACCAGAGUGACUCAAAUUCCAUCUGCACGGAGGACUUUGCUGCCAGGUUUCGGGAAGGCAUGGUCGACCCCCUGGUGAAUUCUGAUGAGGAAGGGGAUGUGCCAGCUGGGGGUUUCCCAGCUGGGGACCUUGCUGAAGAAGGGCACGUCACGGGAAUCAAAGCCAGGCCCGCGGGUCUCUGCUCCACCGUGGCAGCGUGUGGGGCUGCUGCAGAGGGCUUCGUGCUCAGUACAGCGAGGAGGCAGCACAUCCUGCAGCGGUCUGAGGAGGGGCUAGAAGAGAACUCAGCCCUGGCUUUGUCCAGCAGCAUGGAAGGGGCCCAGUCCCUGAGCUCUAGGACCAGGAGAGAGAGCCUGGAGUCUCUGGGGGGCAGGAUAUCCAGGCUGAGCCGGAGCAACACCAUGGACACCCCAAGCAGCACAGACAUGGGAAAAGCCAGCAUCACGGGAAGCCGGGCUCCUGGACUAGCUCUGCCUGAGCGGGUGGAGACCUCAGAAGAAAGCGUUCCUUGGCCCCUGGAGGGCUCUUCCAGAUGGGGCCAGAACUCCCGGGAAAGCUCCCUACCUUUCAGCAGCCCAUUGCUCGUGGAGGAGCUGGGUCCCAGCCAGCCACUCAGAGCUCUGGGUGCUGGUGCCGGCACGAGAGCCUGGGCCAGAGAGUCCCAGCCUGUGAGGAUAGCUCCUAAUCCGUCCAGGAGGAGACAAACCGCAUAUGGACACGUCUGGUCCGACAGUCCCUCUCACUUCGCACCCACAGCAGCCCACGGCAGCCCUUCCCUGGCCUCCAAAGGGGAGAAGAGCCCCCAGCUAAUAGCAUCCCCCUGCCCCGACCAAAGGCUGCCCCCGGAGAAGCUGGGAGAUCAGAGUUCAGCUUUGCAAGAGUUUAGUGCCACAACACAGCUGGCUAGUAGCCUUGAAAGUGCCCAGACACCCCCAGCUGUGGUUAGCGAUGGCUGCGUGGUGACACAGGGUGGGGUUGGUCCAGGAGAUCCUGAGAGGGAGGCCCCAGAGCUGCUGCAACAGGGGUCAGUGAUUCCCCAGAGACCAUCUGGAAGGGGUAUCACUCAUGCUGCGGCUAGCGGAGGCGGGGAGGGAACCUGGUGGAGCUGGGAGCUGCAGGCUGGGCCAGCGGAGAGGGGAGCUCAUGGCCUGACACUGUGCGUCCCCGUCACCAGUUUCGACACCGUCACCAUCGACAGUGACCUGGAUUCGGUGAGGACGGAGACAGUCCAGGUUCACCUCUGCAAGGCCAUUGGCCACUGGAGAGCUCCAGGCUGCAGCACCAAGGGGCUCCGCUGCCCACGGAGAGACUCGUUGGGGUGCCUGGGCUCCAGCAGUGCAGUUACUGAUGAAGAGGAGGAGGCGGAGGAAGAGUUCCUGUCGUCUCGUGGCAGCGCCGACUGGAGGAGCAGCAGCCCUGCGAGGUGGAGCUCAAUGCCACACAGGGCAGAGUCCAGCUGGGAGGGUACCAGGAAGGAAGCCUGCACGGAGCACCAGGACCUGGGCACUGAAGAGGAGAGGCUGUUGCAGAGGAAAUCCCAGCUACACAAGGCUGACUUGUCCCUGACUGACAUCCUGGGUCAGAAAAAGCGUGCGGUCCAGGACCUGGACUCGCUGCGUGAGGCCUUGGAGAGAAGCCAGAAGGAGGCAGAAACACUGGAUUCCUGCCUGAAGGAGACUCGGAGCAAAGCGGAUGAAGCCAGGGCAGACCUGCUCCUGCUGCAGUACAGACGGGACUCGUGCCUGCGGGAGCUGCCGGAGCUGGAGAAGGAGCUGAGUGUGCUGAGACAGCUGCGCUCCACCAUGCACAGCACCCAGCUAGGGGCCUUCCAGGCCGAGGUCUCCUCACUAGCGGCCGAGCGGGAGGAGUUGAAGGCCCGUGUGCGUCACCUGGAGGGCAGCUUGUUCUUCCUGGAGCUCCAGCUGAGCUGCUGCAAGGCAGAGUUGUUCUCUGAGCAGCAGGCAGCCAGAGCCAGGAUCGAGGAGCUGCAGGAGAUACCAGCGGCCCACAGAGCCUCUUGGAGCCUGUGCCAGUUUGUGAUGGUUACACAGAGCUCUCUGUUCCAGAAGCAGGCAGCAGCUCUGAGUGGGCAGAUCCGAGACCUCCGAGUGCAGGAGACGGAGCAGGAGCUGAGACUCUCUGCUCUGAAGAAGAUCCUGUCAGAGAAGGAGCUAGAGCUGGUGAGGCUCCGAGAGGUCAUCUGUGUCUUGACGGCUGAGAAGGAAGCUCAGCAACGCGCUAUGGAGAACCUGAGAGAAGAACAUGACAGGCAGCUGGGGAAGAUGCAGCAGGAGAAG